AUGGAUGUGAAUGACAUCGACCACAUUUUGGAUCUGUUGCAGAAUUCUUUUAAGUGGAUUCCAAUAACCAACGACUUAAACCCAUCGCCGUACUCAACGCAGAGCGAUUACAAGUGCGACAACCAAUACACCGUCCGCUGCAAUUCGUUAGUCCCCUACUCCACAGACUCACUCUUUGAUUUCAUAUCAAAUCCAAUGAACUUCGAGUUGUUUGACCCCUUCAUACAAAAAGUGACUCGCAACGACGACUUCUAUGUAUUCACCGAAACAUUUCCAACUAUUUUUGAGAUUCCUUCGGCCUUUCAUCUUGUCAACAUGCGGACAGACGUGUUCAACGUUUCGAUUCACGACUUUCGAGUCCAGCCAGGGUUCCUACAAAGGACUUUUUAUGCGACAAAGCACCACGGCGAUUCGGCAGAAUUCAUUAUAGUUGCGGAGUUGGGCGGUCUGUCCCUUGCGGAUCCAAAUGUCGUGUUUUUAACAAAUAGUCGCAUCAAAAAAAUUGUUGACGACUUGGUGUGUUAUCUGAUUAACGCGCCCAACCACGACUAUUUCCGCACGAACGAGAAGAAGAUGUAUAAAAUGAUGAUGCAACCCGACAAGAAGUUUAAUAUUGUGUUUCACGAAAAUCAAAGUUUCCGCAUCUCCGUGAACUGCGACUUAACCGAAAUGUUAGUUCAAGGGGAGGUUCACCACGAGCGCGUUGCUUCAGAAAUCAUCAAUUUUAUUACAAGUGACGACGUGUGGAACAUUUGUUUUCAAUUUUCGAGUGUGUUGCGCGAGUCACAGCAGUUCAAAGUGUCACACAAAGAAACAGUCACGUUAGGCGAAAAAGCUUGUGUAGAUCUUACCUCUGGUAUUAAAAUAGGUGAUGGCUUUGGUGUGAUUUGUUUCACCAGUGCAGUCGACAAAGAUUGCUUUUAUAGCCACAACAACGUUAUUAGCGUUUUUGGUGGAGCCUUCAUCUUUUUGGGGACUCCACAAAAGACGAUGAAGUAUGGAAUCUCCUUCUCAUUCCCUUUCUUGCAAUCAAAGCCACUUUCUUUUAGAAAGAAAGCACUGUUCAACUUUGGGGCUGUGCAAUUGGCGAUGCAUGCAUUUGCGUCGCUGAACUUCCAAGUCGGGAGGCAACCUCUUUCAUUUCUUGGUACUAACGAGGCAUCAACUAAGAUGCUUCAAUGCGUGUAUGAGUGCCGAGACAUGAAAGAGCGAGAAGUAAUGGCUCCGGUGAUUGCGCAUUCGCCAAUUCUGUUUCUGACGAACGACCUCCUCCUCAAGAUCUUCUGCUUUUUAAGUUCGGACGAAAUCGCUCAAAUGCCGUUCAUAUGCCGUAAGUUUCAUUCCGCCUUGGUCUCUCAAAACGGAAAUCUCAUCUAUAAAAACCUGUUCGAGAAGAAUCUUGAUAUCACGAGAUUUGAUAAGAGAAUGAAUGUGCAAAACGACAGAGAAAUGAACGAGUACAAAAAAAUAUUUUUGGAACACCAGAAAGUCAAGAACAGAUACGGCAAACUUGAGGGAGUCGUCGAGGACUUACAUACUGAAAUAUUUUCUGUGUGUGUUACUGAUAAUUUUAUAGCAGCAAAUUGUGGGAAACGACUGUUGGGGAUCGACGCAGAUGGUGUCAAGAAAUUCACAAAUUAUGGGCAUGUCAAAUCAAUCAGAACUCAUUGUGAUCAUAAAAAAGUCAACGUUUUGUUUAAAACCGGAACGAUUUACCAAUUCUCGAGUUUUCAAGAUGGAACGAAGAUUGGAAAGAUUGAGAUUGACGAGGUGCAGAACGCAAAGAUGAACUGUGAAGGAACCGGGGUACUUAAGUGGGGAACUCAGACAGAAAAAAUCAGUUUGUCCAAUGAAGUCAAGUGGAAGUAUACAUGUGGUGGCUUAAUCACAUGCUUCGACGAGUAUUUUGAAGGAAAGUACCUUGGUAAUUCCGACGGAGAAAUCUUAGUGUUUGAUGAACGAAGUAAAGAGAUGCGAAAGAAGUAUAUUGGGCACUUUGGUGGUGUCAAUGGUAUCGAAUGUUGUGAGAAUAAAAUUGUGAGUUGGGGUGAAGAUGGGUUUUUCAGAAUGUGGGAUGUCAGAAACUGGAAAGAGCUUGAUCGGAAAGUCCACAUGGGUGACUUAAUAGGUGUGAAACUUUACAAUAGGAAGAUAUUCAGUUUUGCAAAUGAUAAGACCGUUGUUGUGACAUACAUGACGAACAAUUCUUUGCGGAACCCAAGACUUCUUGCUAACACCGAAAAGAAGAUAUCGGAUAUAGGCGUUGAUGAUAGUAAAGUAGUAGUUGGAAUGAAAUGUGGGAAGUUACUCAUAUUAGAUUAUCAGAAAUGA